AAAUAAAAUUCCAAUGGUUGAUUGAUACAUAUUUCAUCCGGUAGUGUCAAUAUUCUCAAAGCAGCUAUUGCUGCUCUUCUCUAUCGCUAUCGGAUCAACGCCCCGGAACUAGGCCGCGCCACCACCGGCGAUUCCGCGAUUCCGCUCAUCCUCAACCCCGAUAAUCCAAUUCCUCUUCAUCACAAAAAUCAAAAUAACGCGAUUCCCUCGUUCCCACUCCUCACAUUGCGAAGUAUAGUUCCUCGCCACUUCCCCUAACACCACCGCAAUUGUGGUUCUGAUUCGCGAUUGAUCGGAAAAACCUGUUUAUUGAACUGUUUGCGGAAUCGGAUCAUCACGGUGGUGGUUGCGGUGGCGGUUUAGGUUUUAGGUUAUGUCGUCUGGGCAAGUGGUUAAGCGUGCCAAAUACAAAACCACCGUGAAAGGUCCUGGCACUCCUGGUAUUCUCAAAUUGACUCAAGAUAAGUUUGUUUUCAAGCCUAAUGAUCCUACCUCAAACAACAAGCUCGACGUCGAGUUCAGAUUUAUAAAAGGUCAUAGAGUUACGAAAGAGGGAUCGAAACAACCGUUGCUUAACCUUACCCAUGCCCAGGGAAGUUACAUCUUUGAGUUAGAAAGCUUUCCAGAUCUUCAUGUUUGUCGGGAGUUGGUGGGUAAUGCCCUUAGCAAGCAUGUAGAAGCUCCAAAAGUUACUACUGAGGAACAGCUUAGCACUGCUGAACUGACACUCAGGUUGAAACUAUUGCAAGAAGAUAGUAAGUUGCAGAAACUUUUUAAGGAACUCGUGGCUGGUGGUAAGCUUACCGAAUCAGAAUUUUGGGCUACAAAGAAGAAAAUGCUGGAUCAAGAUGAAAGCAGAAAGUCAAAACAACGGAUUGGUUUUAAAAAUUCUUUGAUCUUUGACACAAAGCCUACUAGUGAUGGUCGGAUAAAUCAGGUUAAAUUUCAGUUGACACCAGAGAUAAAAUAUCAGAUUUUUGCCCUUAAACCAGCUGUUCACCAGGCUUUUUUCAAUUUUGUUCCUAAGAAGAUGACUGAGGUUGAUUUUUGGAACAAAUACUUCAAAGCUGAAUAUCUCCAUAGUACCAAAAAUAUUAUUGCUGCAGCUGCUGAGGCUGCUGAAGAUGAGGAUCUUGCUGUUUUUUUGAAAGAUGAUGAGAUAUUAGAAAUUGAAGCCCGAAAGAAGGUUCGACGGGUUGAUCCAACUUUAGACAUGGAAGCAGACCAAGGAGAUGAUUACACUCAUCUUCCUGAUCACGGGAUCUUCCGCGAUGGCAGCAAGGAAAUACCUGAAGCUCAACAUCCCUUGUAUAGGAGAACAUUGUUACAAGAUCUUAACAGACAAGGUGCAGUAGUUCUCGAAGGAAAAACUUUAGAUAUGGAAACGGAACAACCAAGAACAGUGGCAGAAGUUAUUGCACGGAGACAACAGGAAUCUGAUGGAGUUAGAGAGGAGGAGAGACGAAACAGAAUUUCUAAGAUGACCCAGAUUGAGGAUCUGCAGGCACAAGAUGAUCAUCCUUUUGCACCACUCUGUAUUAAGGAUCCUCGUGACUACUUUGAUUCCCAGCAAGCUAAUGCAGUAAAAACUUUGGAUGAUUCCCUAGCUGGAAUGGAACAAACAAGAUGUAGUUUGGGUUCUGAGGAAGCCUAUGGCUCUUUGAGGGCAUCCAUAUCUAAGAUCAAAGCUAAAGGAUUAAAGGAUCCUCUACUUAGUCCUGAGGUUGCUCUUAAGGUCCUUAAUGGAUUGACAAAAAAUAUUUCAAGCACCAAAUCUCAUCUUGGAAAAAAUUCUCAGGAGAGUGUCCUUGAUUUAUUGCCCAGCACAACGAAGGAGAAGCUACUAGAUCAUUGGGUGUGCAGUCAGGAAUUGCUGAGGCACUUUUGGUCUUCCUAUCCAAUAACAGCACAAAACCUUAUUAGUAAGACAGCGAGACUGAAAGAGGCUAUAUCACAAAUUUACUCUAAACUUGAGGAAAUAAAGGUAUCUGCACAGUCAGACCUGCGGCAUCAGGUUUCGCUUAUUGUCCAUCCUAUGCAGCAGGCUUUGGAUGCUGCCUUGUUACAUUAUGAUGCUGACAUUAAGAAAAGAAAUGCAAGAGGACAGAAGCCUAAUGGUGUUUAGAGGAACAUUUUGCCUCUGCGUACUUGCAGCAUUUUACCUAUUCAUUUAGCAAUGUAUAUUCCAACAGUUUUGCCCUGAACUAAAAUUGUAUGCCUAUUGAUCUCUAUAUCGUGAUGAAAUGAAAUUAUUAGAGUUGGUGAGAAUCUUGUGAAAUAGUUAACUUGCAACGUAGAAUUACUUGUCUACACUUUA